GUUUGCCGUAGAAGAAGAGCGUUUGUUUACACGGAGGGGGAGGAAGUGUGACAAAGGUGAUGAAGGAUUGCUAACUGGAUUAAAGUCAAGUUUCAAAGUUCAGUCUGCACUGCAAAAAAGAGAGUGCGACAACUCCAAGUAUUCAUUCGACACAAUGGCUCAGUACACUCGCGUUUCGGGAUCCGUGGGCUUGAUUACUCUCCAAAGUCCUCCCGUUAAUGCACUCAGUGCAGCGGUGAGGCAAGGCAUUGUCGACUUGAUGCAGAGAGCACUCAGUGAGCCAGAGGUGAAGUCUGUGGUCAUCUGUGGCCAGAAUGGGAUAUUCUGUGGGGGAGCAGACAUCAAGGAGUUUGGGGGACAGAUGUCUGGGCCUCCCCUGAUACCGAUGAUCCACGCCAUCGAGGCUGCUUCCAAGCCCGUGGUGGCAGCUAUAGAGGGGAUCGCUUUAGGUGGAGGCCUUGAGUUGGCACUUGGCUGUCAUUAUCGGAUCGCACACUCUAAAGCCAGAGUGGGACUUCCAGAGGUGACUCUGGGGCUGCUGCCUGGUGCAGGGGGAAGCCAACGUUUGCCGAGGCUCAUCGGUGUCCCGGCUGCCUUGGACCUCAUCACCACAGGUCGCCACGUGACUGCCGCAGAGGCACUGAAAUUCGGAUUAGUGGACCAGAUUACUGAUCACAACACUGUGAAUGUAGCUGUGAAGUUUGCCCAGCGAGUCGCAGAUCAGCCGCUGGAUGCACGUCGUAUAAGCACAUAUCCGUGUCUGUGCCCCUCUGAUGUGGCUGUUCUGUUUGAGGAAGUGAUGCAGAGGGUGCGCCGGACUGCCCGUGGAGCCAUAGCACCAAUUGCGUGUGUCCAGGCGGUGCGCGCAGCGGCCACCCUGCCCUACAAUCAGGGAAUGGAGCGGGAGAGAGAGCUGAUGGCUACUCUCUUCACCUCUGGCCAGGCCCGCGCUCUGCAGUACUUUUUCUUUGCUCAGAGAGCCGUCGGCAGGUGGAGCAUGCCCAGUGGAGCCCGCUGGGAUACGAGCAAGCCCAGGCCUGUACAUAAAGCAGCUGUGAUUGGUCUUGGCACCAUGGGAAGAGGCAUAACUGUUGCCCUUGCACAGGCAGGGUUCUCUGUGGUAGCUGUGGAGACUCAAGAGAAGCAGCUGAUGGAGGCAAAGCAGAAAAUAUCAGGCAUGUUGGAGCGAGGGGCUAAGAGACGUGGGGUCGCUCCUGCUCUAGACAAGAUCAAUUACGGCCGUAACAUCCAGUCGGUAGCAGAUGCCGACCUUGUCAUCGAAGCUGUGUUUGAGGACAUGGCUCUGAAAAAGAAGGUCUUUCAGCAGCUGUCCGCUGUUUGUAAACCUAGCACGUUCCUGUGCUCAAACACCUCUGGAUUAGAUAUCGACCAGCUGGCCUGUCAAACCCGCAACCCAGAGCUUGUGGUUGGGAUGCACUUUUUUGCUCCAGCCCACGUCAUGAAGCUGCUGGAGGUGGUUUAUGGGCCAAAAUCCUCUCCUCUUGCUGUGGCAACUGCCAUGCAACUGGGAAAGAAAAUUGGGAAAGUCAGUGUGGCGGUUGGAAAUUGUCGGGGUUUUGUGGGGAACCGCAUGCUGAAGCCGUAUUUGGAACAAGCCCUCUUCUUGUUGGAAGAGGGAGCCACACCUGAGUUUGUGGAUCAAGUGCUGGAGGAGUUUGGGUUUGCCAUGGGUGUGUUCAGAAUGUCUGACCUCUCUGGGCUUGAUGUAGGCUGGAAAGUGAGGAUGGCUGAUGGCUUGGCAAUGCCCGACCCGACAACGGGACAGCCAACGAGGCUCCGACAAGGUCGUAGGUACAGCCCCCUGGGAGACCUGCUCUGCGAGCAGGGACGGUUUGGUCAGAAAACAGGCAGAGGGUGGUAUCAGUAUGAUAAACCUGGCAGUCAGGUGGCUAAGCCUGACCCUUGGUUGCACAGCUUCCUGGAUGAGUACCGAGCCCGGCACGCCUUGGUGGCACACCGCAUAGACCACCAGGAGGUGCUGGAGCGCUGCCUCUAUUCCAUGAUCAAUGAGGGCUUCCGCAUCCUGGAGGACGGAAUAGCCGCAGGGCCUGAAGACAUCGACGUCAUUUACGUGUUUGGCUACAGCUGGCCUAGACACCGCGGAGGCCCCAUGUUUUACGCUGCCACAGUUGGCCUAAACAAGGUCCUUGAGAGGCUCGAGCACUACUACCAGGCUCACCCUGAUGUGCCCAGCCUGCAGCCCUGCCACUUGCUCAGGAAGCUGGUGGCCAGCGGCAGCCCACCAAUCCAAAAGUGGAGGGAAGUGAUUAAGAAAGUCCGCAGCCAGCUGUAAACAACAUUUCAACUUUAAUGUGUUAAUGCACUUCUGAGUUUACAAGCUGAUUAAAUGUUGACUUGCAUAAUCAAAUAAUAAGAAGCACCUGUAAAACUAAAUGCAUUUACCUUAAACCAAAAAAGACCUCCUGUCUUUGCCAACCGCAUUUGUUUUUUAUCGUGACAGGAAAAUUGCUCACCUCAUAGAUGAAUAUGUUCAACAUGAAAUACUAAUAAAAACAGUGUCUAUUGUGUAUUAGUAGCAGUAAUAAAGAUUGAUACAAUAGAUUGAUCCAAAAAAUUUAUAGUGCAAAUCUUCAGGAGUAAAACAGCAUGCGCUUUAAGGAAAAUUCACCAUAAUUUGGAAAAAUAAACUGAAAGAAAAGUGUGACGGGAGUAGAUGAACAGCACAGUACUGGGGAUAUUUGCAGGAAGCAAGUCAUCUUAGUGUACGUGAAAUGUCAGCUGAUAAGAAUAACAGAAGGAAGAAAUUAUACAUCUUCAGCAGAGAUGGAUGACUGCGGGGAGGAGGGACCUCCUGUGGCGUUCAGCAAAGCACUUAGUCAUUCUGUCUCUGGUGGACCAGACCACUGUGGAGAGGCUGGGCAGUGUUGUCUGUAGAUAGACAGACAGAUACUUUAUUGUCCCCAUGGGGGAAGUAUGACUUGGACACUGCAAAGCCAGACCCCUCAACAAAUAUGGGCACUCGGCACCAACAGAUACAGAUUUAAAAGCCCAAAGGAUAACAACAUCACUCAGACUGGAUUUGAACUGCAGCCUCGUUUUAUUUUGAUCUUACUGACAGUUUGUACAGUUUGACUGUAUUAUCAUUUCUUAUAUUUUGUCUACUUUAUUCACACACGGAGGUGGACACAAUACUAGGAGUGGCCACAGUGAAAAACAGACCUGACCAGGCUUUGAAGCCAGCGAAUGUAUUGCAGCAGAUGAAGCUCUACAGAGGAAAUAAAACUAAUAAUUGUGAAUAAAAUGUCUUUACUUAAGUUUGUGCUUUUAAAAUUGUUUACCAAAAACAUAUAUGGCACAUAAUAUGCUAACGUUUGAAUGUAAAUUAACUCUUUGCUUUUCCUGGUUGUCACUAAUGAUACUGCACAGUAUAAUCUGACUCUUCCAAUAAAGACAUUAUUGUUGA